AUGGGAUGUGCAUCUGUUAAAUCAGGUGAUGUAAACGAAUCAGAAUAAAUUUAAUCAUCUAAAAAUCAUUCAAGAAAUCCCAGCUCAGCUUCUUUAAGUCUAACAGAAGUCAAUAAAUUAUACAGAAGAGCCAACUAUCUCAUUAAAAAUGAGAAGUUUGAUGAAGCAAUAAAGUUAUUAGACAGAAUUAUAGAGACUGAUCCUGAAUUUAUUGAUGCUUAUUAUUCUAAAGGAAUUAUUGAAUUGCAUAAGAGGAAUUUGGAUAGUGCAAAAAAGUAAUUCUAGCUUACUCUCGAAAAAUAACCAAAUCAUGCCCUAGCUCUAAAUGAAAUUGCCAGCUUUUUGAUUAACGAAAAAAAAUAUAACGAAGCCUUAACUUACUUAGAAAACGGAUUUUAGAUUAAUCCCAACAUACCAGACUUAAAUUAUGGCUUAGGUUAUGUUUUAUCUAGAUUAGAACGAAAAGAAGAGGCCAUUAGAUAUUAUGAUAUGGCGAUAUAAUAGGACAAAAUCUAAAAACAUUAUUAUAUUAGCAAGGCAACCGCUCUAACAGAUUUAAAAUAAUUUGAUAGAGCUUUGGAAUCUAUUUAAAAUGCCUUAAAAAUUGACUCUAAUUACAUUGACGGGUACUAGGCUCAAGCAUAUGUAUACAAUUAAUAAAAGUAAUAUGAUAAAUUAGAACAAGUUUGUGAUAUAAUUUUAAAAUUAAAUGACCAAAAUUAAUUCGCUCUAAAAUUUAAAAGAAAAGGGCAAAGCAAUUUAUAAAAGUAAUCACAACCCUAAUAAACUUUAAUGACUGUUGAGGAUUAUAUGAAGGAAGGUUAAUCAAAUCCUAAUAUUUUAGCUUAAAAGUUAUAAGAAGAAUAGAAGUACACUGAAGCUUUAAGCAACUUAAAUUAAGUUUUGGAAAAAAACUCAUCUCAUUUAUAAGCCUUAAAAGCGAAAGCUUCAAUAUAAAUUGAAUUAAAAUAAUAAGCCGGCUCGCUUAUAACAUUGAAUUAAAUUCUUAGUAUUCAACCCAACGACAUAAAUGCAUUAAAGGAAAAGGUGAAAAUCUUAGAAUACAUGAACAAAGAUGAGGAAGCCUUGAAAUGCUAUGAUCAAAUCCUUGCCCAAGAAAAAAGCUUUGAUAUAUUGGAAAAGAAAGCCUCCAUAUUGAUUAAGCUUAAUAGAAUUCAAGAAGCAUCUGAGAUUUAUGAAUAUUUAUAUUCUUAAUCAAGCUAAGAUGACCCUAAGAUAUUUAUUAUUAGAGGUAAGUUACUUUAGGCACAAAAAAAAUAUGAUGAUGCCAUUACUUGUCUGAAUGAUGGAAUUACUAAAUUUCCAUCAAACAUAGAAAUUUUAAAUAUGUUAGCACUAAUUUAUAAAAUUACAUUGAAAGUAUAAUAAGAGCUAGAAAUUUAUGAAAAGAUUUUGGUUAUUCAACCUUAAAAUGAGCUCUGCUUAUAUGAAAAAGGUCUCAAUUAUUAUAAUGAUUUAGGUUUGAUAUUGUUUGAUUUAAAUAAUUUUAGUGAAUCAUUAGAGAUAUUUAUUUAGUUGAACAAAACUGAAUAAGCUAAAGACUUAAAUUAUUAUCUUGGAAUAUGUUACAAUGAAAAAAAGGAAUACUUCAACGUAUUGAAUCACUUAAAUUAAUAUGUUAAAUCAGGAAAAGAAAAUCUAGAGAAGGUUUAUUGUAUAAUGGGUUCAGCUAACCUAUUUUUAUUGAAGUUUGAUGAAUCUAUUGAAAGUUAUUAAAACUGUAUUAAAAUUAAUCCUAAUAAUGCUGAUGCACAUUACCAACUUGGAAAUGUGUAUAAGUAAGAUAAAUUAUUGGAUGAAGCUAAAGAAUCUUUUGAAUAGGCUGUGAAAAUUCAACCUUCGAAUAUUUUAUAUAAAUAAGCAUUAGACAAUUUAUUAAAUGAAAAAUCAUUUCUACAAGAUUAUAGAAAUAGUCUACUUUUUACAUUGAUUACAUUUAUUGGAUGUUGCUAAUUGGAUCCAAAAUCCUAAGAUUUUGAGAAAAUGUAAAAUCAAAAAUAUUUAACUCUAUUGACAUUGAUGGAGGCGCAUUUAAAAAAAAGAUUCAACACAUUAGAGAAACAUUUUGAAUAGAUUAAAUAAUUAAUUGGAUAAUCCUAUGAUAUGAAGUUAACUUUAAUUGAUGAUACAUUAUUUCCCAUAAUGUAAUUUUGGCAUAAUCAAAAAAUUUGUAAAAAAAAGAAAGAUAAUAAUGACUUGGUAGUUUCAAUGAUAAAUUCUGUCAAAUCAAUUAUUAAUUUAAAUAACGAAAAGAUUUUGACUCUGAUCCAAGAUGAGAAAUCUUUAAAUAAUCGAUAUUGUGUUGAGUUUUUAUCGAAAUGUCAACAUGAAUCAUAUUAAAACAAAAGUGGUAAAAUAGGAUUGUUAGAUGGAAUAAAAAUACUCGGUUUCUUAAUAAAAUAUCACAAAGAAUUCACUUCUGAGAAUAAAGGUUUUCCUGAAUUCCUUGCAGAUAAAUACUUAGUUGGUGAAAUAUCCAAUUUUCAUGAUUCAUAUUACCAUUAGAAUGCUUGA